CCUAUGCUUUCCAGAGCUGUGUAGAAACUCAUUUCAUGGACGCACAAGAUUUUGGAGCCCCUCAUUUUCUCCCUCUGGUGAUAAUGGAUUCUAGUGCGUGUGUUUCAGUGAAACAUUUCAAAUCGUGCUUGUUUGAAAGCUCUGGAGGUGUUAUUAGUGAUUAGAUGUGUCCAUUACUUUGUGAUAACCAAUUACGCUGAACCUGACAAACUUGAAAAAACCUGCUCUUCACAGAAUGCAGUCAGGUUGAGAAAGUUUUCAGAUAAGCCCUGCAACAAGUGACUUGAUGACAGAAUAAACCAAAAGGCCCUGUUAUGGCUCUGGCUGCUAUGCAUUUCUUCCUGAAAACCCAAGGCUGCAGGUCCCUGCGCACUCCGAUUAGAUUCUUCCGAUACACUAACAAAGGCGGCGCACUGUUGGCUCCUCAGAAUUUUUCAGACUACGAAUCCAUAAAACAACAGUACAAACCAGAGAUACCUGAGUAUUUCAACUUUGCAAGAGAUGUGCUGGACAAAUGGACUGCAGUGGAAAAGGAGGGGAAGAGGCCCACAAACCCAGCAUUUUGGUGGGUGAAUGAUAAUGGAGAUGAGGUGAGGUGGAGCUUUGAGGAGCUGGGAGUCCUCUCCAGGAAAGUGGCUAAUGUACUGUCUGAGGUAUGUGGCCUACAAAAAGGAGACAGAGUCAUUUUAAUUCUGCCCCGGAUACCAGAAUGGUGGCUGGUGAACAUGGCUUGUAUGAGAACAGGAACUAUCCUUAUUCCUGGAACAUCACAGCUGACAGCAAAAGACCUUCUCCAUAGACUACAAAUGUCAAAAGCGAAGUGUAUUAUCACUGAUGAUGUGUUGGCACCAGCUGUAGAUUCCAUUGAGUCUGAAUGCCAGUUCCUGAAAUUCAAGCUACUGGUGGCAGAGGACCACAAGAAAGGAUGGUUGAGUUUUAAAGAACUCAUCAAAUAUGCUGGUGCUGACCACAGCUGUGUGAACACAAAACAUCAAGAUCUAAUGUCUGCGUUUUUUACCAGCGGAACAACAGGAUCUCCAAAAAUGACUGAGCAUUCCUACAGCAGUCAUGGCAUUGGACUCACAGUAACUGGAAGGUACUGGCUGGAUCUGACCUCUUCUGAUAUACUAUGGAAUACGUCAGACACAGGUUGGGCAAAGUCAGCCUGGAGCAGCGUGCUAGCACCAUGGAUUCAAGGGGCAUGUGUCUUUGUACAUCACAUGCCACGAUUUGAUGCAAGAACUGUCCUGGAUAGUCUGUCCAGAUAUCCCAUAACAACUGUCUGUUCUGCUCCAACUGCUUAUCGAAUGCUUGUGCAGCAUGACCUGACCAGCUGCAAAUUCAAGAGUCUGCAACACUGUGUGAGUGCAGGGGAACCAAUCAACCCUGAAGUGAUGGGAAAAUGGAAAACACAAACCGGGCUGGAUAUCUAUGAAGGCUAUGGACAGACAGAAACGGUGCUGGUUUGUGGAACUUUCAAGGGAAUGCAAAUUAAACCCGGUUCUAUGGGAAAGCCAUCUCCAGACUACGAUGUCCAGGUAUUUUACCACUGUAAGCCUUAGGGAAUUUUUUCUUAAAGUAAGAAGGCUCUGAUUUCUUUGCAGGAAAGCACAAGUAAGCCCUGGGAAAAGAGAGAGAGGACUUAUUUUUCCUGCUGAAUCAUUUUCAAUUUAGGUAUCCAGAAAGGCAGAUUUCUCUUUUGUAUUAUCCAGCUUUCUGCCCAUGGGUGGGGUAAGCAGGUUGUUUCUACACUUCAUUUCAAAUAGAUUUCCUACAAAAUGUUAUGCUUUGGAUAUUUGAAAAUCUGUCCCAGAAGGAAGGAUGACUUGACAGAGAUUGAGAAACUCAAGAAAAAUGCACGUGAUUAUGCAUGGUAUUGAAUGCAUGGCUCAAAUGACUGCACUACAGUAUUUCAUCAUUCUUUUUUGAGACUGUGUAAGACAUGAACAGCCAUCUACUAACUUUGACUGGACUUCAUUUUUUAUUGCUGAAAAUUAAAAUUGCUUAGUUAGGGGGUAUUAGAAAGGAAUGGUCUUUGAUGAUUAAACCAGAAUCACUGGGUUAUAUUCCAGCAUUGAAUCACUAUGACAGUGGGCAAGUCUUUUAUGUACCUUUCUCUAUAUAAUUCUGUUUUCCCAACAGAUCACUUGCUAUAUCUUUUCUUCCUCGCUUGGACGUGCUAGGCUUAACGUCUGCAAAAUGUUUUGGACUCCUCAACUAUAAGCAUGAUUCAAAGUAUAAUGGAUUAGCAUACUAAUAUGAUAAAAGUCAUGGUCUGUCUGUCUGUAACGCUUUAUUUGCACUCUCAUUGGCUGUCUCGACAGCCAAUCAGAGUGCUUCAGGAGGGUUCAGACUGCAGGUGGCAGGGGCACCACAGCGGACCGCCACCAUGACAGCAGGUACAGGGGGCCAAGGCCAGUGCAGCUCCCCUGCUCCGUGGGGGAGCCGUAGGCAGUGAUGGCAGCACAAGGGAGAUGGGGAACAGUGUUGGACCCGUGGCAGGAACAUGAGGGAGGGGAGGAAUGGGCCCGGGCUGGGCACUGGCCCACCGUAGCAUGGAGGAAGAACAGGCCCUGGUGCCAUGACGGCAGGGACAGUGCAUCUGGCCUCGAGGGCACCCCCACCCUGCUCUCAGGAGGUGGUGGUGAUGGAGCGGACAGAGUGGGGGAUGAGGCCAGAAGUGCUGGCCUCACCCCCUGCUCCCUGGAUGCAGCUGCAGCACGGGAUGCUGGGUGGCAGUGCUCCACGCCGCCGCGCCCCCCUCCCCGCCCCAUCAUUCAUGGGGAGAGGGCAGAUGGACAGAGGCUGGGCGGCUGGGGAGGAAACAUGCCUGGCCCCAAAACGGGUGGGGGGGGGGGCUGCACUGGGCCCAGCCCUGCAACAGCAGUUGGGGGGGAGGCACCGGGCCUGGCCCUGCCCUGCCCCACUUCACCCCACCCCACCCCAAAACAGCAGCGUGAAAUGGCCGGCCCCACAACAGCAGUAA